AUGCACCGUGCUAACCGACCGUCCUUGCCGUGCUUUUGCAGGUUUUUCCGGACCGCUGUUGUGGCCGAGCUGCGGCGCGAGGGUAGGAAAUGGGAGUGGGCGAAGCCGUCCGAAGACGAGGUGCAGGAGAGGCUCGCCGACUGCGACGAACCCCUUCGAGAUAAAAUUCCCGAUACCGUCCGGGACUCGGACGCGAGCUCCGGCCUGCUAGCAAUGAGCGCGUUGAUCUGGGUUGUGAGGCGGUUCCAGCGCCUGACCGGCGACCUCCGUCGCAUUGCCACCAGCAUGGACAAGCCCACCGUCUCGGGGUUGAAGGCGCUGCGGAACGAGAUGGUAGCCCUCAUCAAGAAGCAAGUCCCGCUCAUACGGUCGGGGAAAACCGUUGUUGCUGCCGACGCCUGUGACGACGACGGCGAGGAAGUCCAUUCUGCAUCCGUGCCAGUAGGGGUCGCCCCGAACGUCGCUGAUGCGCGUGGCAAGUCGGGAGUCGGCGUCGACGAGGCCGAUGCGGCCGCAGGAAAGGGGGUGACCGGGACCGAGGUUGUUCACGGGGAUGAUGGGGUCCAGGAUCGCGAGGAGGAACGUGAGGGUGAGGGGGGCUCGGAGGAGUCGUCGGGGUCGAUGUCGGGGUCGAGGUCGGGGUCGGGAUCGGGCUCGGAGUCGGAGUCGGAGGAGGAGCAGGAGCAGGAGACGCAGGAGCACGAGAGGCAGCACCAGGAGGAGCAGUUGGUAGAGGUGGAGGACGUGGAAAUGGCGGAGGGGUACGUUGUCGGAGGAGCGGAGGGGUACGUUGUCGGAGGAGCGGAGGAAACGGGUGGGAGAUCGGCGGAUGUCGAGAACGACGAAGGGGAGGGGAAGGGUGCGACAGCGAAUAUCGGCGAGGUCGGCGUGGAGGCGGCUCACGGAGGUGGUGGCAUGGUCGAGGUCGGUGAAGGGGAUAACGCCGCGGUCCCGGAGCAGAGGGGCGUGGAUGUGCAUACCGAUGCCACCGCGGAGAAGGCCGGCGGGGAGCGGUCUAGGAGGAAGAAGGCGGCGAGCGGUCAUCCCGGUUCCACCGCGGCUGGGCGGCAGGCGCGGCUGGACGUCGUCGAUCAGCUGAGGGCGGAGAACAGGCGAUUGCGUGCAGACAAUGCACUCCUUGAACGGCGGCUCGGUGAGCAGACGGGGCGGGUCGACAGCUUGGCGGCGGCAUUAGCUGGGCUCCUCGAGAAGGUGAAGGGUUUGACCGCCCAGGUCGCCGACACCGACCGGAAAUCGGAGGAGCGCCUCAAAGAGGCCACGUCGACCAUGGCGACCACAAUCACCGAGGGCCUCACCGACAACAUGGACAGCGCCAUUCAAUCGGCCAAGUCCUUCGCCGAGCUAGCGAGGCAGACGCUGCUGGAUCUUGACGACCCCAAGGGACGAGCGGCGGUCGCACGCGCGACCGCGGUGAAGACAGUGACCGAGCACGUGACGGCGGAGGUGGGCGAGGCGAGGAAGGGGUUGGAGGAGUCGUUCAUCAAAUACAUCGGCGCCGCGCAGACCAACAUUGCCGCCGCCGUCGCGCCCCGCCUAGUCCAGCCGCCGCCGCCUACCGGCCCAGCGCAGGCCUUGCCGGAAGAUUUCCUGAAGUCUUUCAAGGAGGACGUGCUGAAGGCGGUGACGGAGACCACGCAGCAGUCCUUCCUUGCCUCCGGACUGAAGAUAAUGGCCGAGGUCGUCGGCACGGUGGCGUAUGCUCGGCGUGGGUCGUCGCCGUCGGCAAACGACGCCGGCCAAGCGCAACCUACGGAGGGCUUGAAGCUGGGUCACAAGAGGCGGGGAGGCGGCGGGGGGGGCGACGGGGACAAUUCGGCGAACACGAAGCGGAGCAAGGGAGGCGGGGGGUCUGGCGGCGGGGGGGGGGGACGGAGACGAUUCGGCGGGCGCGAGGCGGACCAAGGGAGCGGCUGCACGGGCCAUGGUGGUGGGGGUCCCGCCGACGAGCAUGCCACUGAUGACGCACUGCCAAUGGCUCCGCCUUCGGUCGGCGUUAAGCCACCACGACAGGGUAGCGGUGUGAAAGGCCUGCGCGACAAGGAGAAGGCCGCCGCCAAAACGGCCCCAGGCGGGUCCGCGAAAGCUGGCCAGGGCCCGAAGACAGGGGUUGAGGAGGCGUCAGCGGUUCCUCACCAGUCUCCCGCGGGUGCACGCCAUCCGACCGGACCGUCUGCCGGGCGACCUACCGACGUCCCGCGCCAUGCCGACGUACCGUCUGCCGACAAGGUUGGCCGCGCGGGAAAAGGGGCGGCAGUUGCGGACGCGCUCAAGGAGCAGCUCAGGCUCCUAGCCGGCCACAGGGCUGUUCAACAGGCCCCCCCUGCUGUCGACGUCCCAUCGGCCAGUGGGCCACGUGUAGUGCCGGUCGUCGCCGCCCGUACUCCUGCAGACCCAAAGUCCGCGUUGUUGCGCGCCCAGCUGGGCGCACUAGCGUCGUUUGAGAGGACUCAGCAGGCUUCUGGCUCUGGCUCUAAGCCGUCGUCGGCGAAUGUCGCACCACCCACCCAUGGGGCAGCUGAUGUGGAGAAGGCGGCGGAGAAGGGCGUUCGUGCCGCGCUUGCCACCGGCGGCGGCGCCGUUGAGGAGGUCCCCGCAGACGCUGAUAUCGCUGCCAUACAGGCCCAUCUGGAUGCAGCCAAUCCCCGAACCCUGGCCAUCUCCGACACGGAACAUGUGGAGCCUUCGGCGGGACUCGUCGGCAUCGCGGCAGAGCCUAGUGCGACCGGUGAUGCGGUCGGUGAGGGAAAGUCGAAACGGAAGGGGAAGGCGGGCUCACAGAGGAAGACGCGGGAGAAGUCGGAGGUGAAGGCGGCGGAUAAACAGAAGGGGAUGGCGGCGGAGAUGGCGGCGGACAAAGAUCGAGGCGGCAUUGGGGAGGUUGAAGGGAAAGGGGAGAAUCAGGAGAAGUCGCCCGGCGAGGGUACGUCGACGGGGAGGAAGGGGAAGGACAAGUCGGUCGGAGAAGGUGCGUCGACCGGGAGAAAGGGGAAGGAGAAGGCGGUCGGCGAGGGUUCCUCGAAGGGGAGAAAGGGAAAGAGGAAGGCGGAGGAGGAGGAUGAGGAUGUCGAGGAGGUGGAGGAGGUCGAGCAGGAGGAAGAGGAGGAGGAGGAGGAGGAGGAGGAGGAGGAGGAGGGGAAGGGCAAGGAGAGGAGGGGUCAUGGCAUCCGACACGAUACCUCGGGCGACAAGCAAGGGUGGGUCGGCGAGAUUAAGGUGCACGGCAUCAAUCGAUACAUCGGCAAGUCGCGGGACAAGAUGGAGCUCGCGUACGUUCACUCCAUCGCGUACGUCGUCUACGACGGUUUCGUGAGCAAGGUGCUCAUGACCGAGCUCACCGGCUUGGACAGCGCCGAAUUGGAGAGGUGGAAGGAGGUGUGGGAGGAGACCGCUACGGCAGCGGCGAAGAAGGAGGGAGACAAGGAGGAGAAGACGGAUAUGGCGGCAUGGGCGUUAGCAGCAUCCGCAUGCGCUGUGUGGUGCUUCGUCGAGAACGGCGAUGCCCAGCUGGCGGAUGCUGUGGAAGAAGGGAAGUCGGCGGCGAUCAUCGGCGGAGCGAGCCAGGCGACCGCCGAUGUAUUCGGAAAAGUCAUGGAGGCGGUGCUGAAAGCCGAGAUGAACAGGGACCGCCCCUUGGGAGAGGUUGCCUACAACGUCGCGCCAGCACUCCAGAGGACCGCCCUUGAUACGGUAUAUCCGGGGGGGAAUGCUGGAGUAGAUGCCGACGUUAUCGCUAGAGCGACGGUUGAGACGAUGGCGUUUUGGGGAAUGUGCCCCGUCGCCGGGCCGAAACUAAGAGCGAGGGACAUCGCGGUGCCGAUUGACGCGCAGAUGAAGGCCGAUCUUGACAACAGGGGGAGGAAGGGUCUGAGGGGCAAGAAGGGGACGAAGACCAAGGGCGGCACGGAGAAGGUCAAGAAGUCGAAGAAGGACAGCACGACGGCCUAG